GGACGUAGCGAGUGAAUCUGGAUUGACCCUCGGUUUGUUGACUCGCGCCGGUCCGUAGAUGUUUUCUGCAGGAACUGUGUCGAUUUAAAGUCAUUUUAAAAAUAUAUACGAUUCUGACCGGCGGAGAUCAGCAUUAAUUCUGCUAAAUAUAAUUUUUGGAAAUUAAUAAGGUUGCUAAUUAGGUACGAAGUUGUAGUUAGUGUGAAUUGUGGGCUAUGCUAAUGACUGCUGGCUGCACGUGCACGAUAAGUCAAGUAGCUGGUUAGCUACUGUAAAAACGAAUAAAAAUGGAGCAGAAUGACUAAAAUGUUUCACAUAAAUUCGCAUUAGAAGCAGAUUCUGUACAUGUCUCAUGACUGAUCUCCCUGACGCAUAUGAGCAUCAGUGCUCCUGCUGUGUUCACCGCUCGACCCCAAGCGUCCAUCAAUCUCUAGAUGAAAUGGACUUUGAGAGAGGCAUAUGGUCAGCAGCUCUGGAUGGGGAUUUGGAGAGAGUCCGGUCAUUUUUGAACAAAGGAACAGAUCCGAACACGAAGGACCAGGCUGGAUACACCGCUUUGCAUUAUGCCAGUCGAGCAGCUCACCAGUCAGUCUGUGAGCUUCUCCUGGAUCAUGGCGCCUGUGCCAAUUCUCAGACACACGGUGGCGCCACGGCUCUGCACAGAGCCACCUACUGUGGUCACAUGAGCAUCGUCAAGCUGCUGCUGAACCACAGAGCUGAUCCUUGCUUAACCGAUGAUGAUGGCUCGACACCUUUGCAUAAGGCUGCUGAGCAGGGCCAUCUGGAGAUGUGUGAGGUGUUAUCGAGCAAAUAUCCUGUCCUGAAAACCAUAAAAGAUAAAAAAUCACGCUUGCCUGUAGAUCUUGGCCCAGACAACAAGACCUUCCUAGAGUUACUGAAGCCUCCACAAUGAUCACCGUCGUGAUUUCCUGAACAAGCCCCGGACCGUUGAAAGUGCCACACAAGCGAAAACACUUUCUUCAGAUUUUGGCUUUAUUUCAGUCUUUAGAAUGCCAUCCAUCGUCUUCCACAUUACCUUCAUCAUGCCCAAGGUCAUCUACACCCUCGUCUUCAUUUCCUUCCUCAUCCCUAUCCCCAUCCUCCCUCCAUCCUCAUCAACAUUGGCAUCAUCAUCAUCUCUAAGCUCAUACACCUUUAUCCCCAUUCCCAUCUUUAACAUUUUCUCAUCCCUAUCCUUACCAUCAGUAUCAUUGUCCUCAUCUCCAGUCUCAACCCAUUCUUAUCAACAGCCCCAUCAUCACCUUCCUUCUCACCCCACCCUUAUUCGCAUCUCCAUUUUCAUACAAUUCUCAUCCUCAUAUCUAUCUUCAUCAUAACCAUCCUCAUUUUCAGCUGCUUCCCUGUCCUUAUCCCUAUCCUUACUCCAUCCUCAUUCCCAUCCAGACCAGAAUUCUCAUCUCUGGCAUUAUUUUUUAUCCCCAGCUUUAUUUUAUACACAGCUUUAUCCCUAACUCUGACAUUAUCCCUUACAACAUCUUCAUCUCCAUCCUCAUCACCAUCAUCUCUCGUCUUCUCUGCUUCCACAACCUCAGAAUACUCUUUGUUCUGCUGAUACAGGUUAUACUAAGCGCUAUAGAUGAGGUGAAUUAUAUUUCACAGCAGCUGAAAUGCUUAUGUGAUGAUGCAGGAGGUUCAAUUGUCAUUAAUCUCAUACGUCUUAUACGUUCUAGCGACAGAAUUGCAAUGACACAAGUUGUCAGCAGAUGGCAACAUUGACCAGCCCAGUGCUUCUGUGAAGUUCUGACCAUUUCUGUUCUGCCUCAUCAUUAGUUAUCUGAAUCAUCAUGGUGAAGUUCUACAUUUAUACACUUCUGCUUGUACUGAAUUCCAUCAUACAAUAUAUAUAUAUAUAUUUCUUGCCUCUUAUAUAUCAAUAAAUCUGUUAAUGGAAGUAAUACCAUAUUUUUUUUUAACAUAAAUAAUAUGUAUUCUAAACAGAUACAUUUCUAUUUAUUAUAAUAAACAGUAUUUUUCAGUUGUAAGACAUGUCGUGCGUCGAAUGUUUACUGCAUAAAGAAAUAAUGCAAUAGGUUUUUGCCACAAAUACUCAGUUAUCACUUUGUAAUCUCAAAUAAAUCUUAGAUUGUUUUCUUUCA